AGGAUCGCGCGCAGCCGGAGCGCCCGGCUUGGAACGGUCCGCCCCUGGCCCCGCCUGCCCGCCGCCGCCGCCGCGUGCUGCCGGCUUCUCUCCGCCCCGCGAGUGGGAGGCGGCUGCGGACGAAGCAGGUGGGACGAGCCGCUGGAGCCGCCGCUGCCUGCCUGCCCGCCCGCCCGCUUUCCUUCGCCCAGCCGGCCCUUCCCGACCGCGCGGAUCUCCCCGGAGGCGCUUCGAGGGCCAGGGCAGCGCAGAGCGCAGAGCGCAGCGCCGAGUCUGGAGCCAGGCCGGCGGGCGCCUCCGUGGCGAGAGGGCGCGCUCCUCCGACGGCUGGAUGUGCGAGGUCGGGACGCGCCCCGCGCUGGCCGGCGACGAGCGAGGGGCCGAGGAGACCCUGCCGGCUGGCGCGCUCUCGCCGCCCGGCUUCGCGCCCGGAGACAAGUGCCGGGAGAUGGGAGAACAGCCCAUCUUCACCACCAGAGCACAUGUCUUCCAAAUUGACCCCACCACCAAGAAGAACUGGGUUCCUGCGAGCAAACAAGCAGUUACUGUUUCCUACUUCUAUGACGGCACAAGGAACAGCUAUCGAAUAAUCAGUGUGGAUGGAACCAAGGUGAUUAUAAACAGCACCAUCACACCUAACAUGACUUUCACAAAAACAUCCCAGAAGUUUGGCCAGUGGGCUGAUAGCAGAGCCAACACUGUUUUUGGCCUGGGUUUUUCGUCUGAGCAGCAACUAACAAAAUUUGCUGAGAAAUUUCAGGAAGUGAAAGAAGCUGCCCGACUAGCCAGAGAUCGGUCACAAGAAAAAAUGGAAACUUCCAGUAACCAUUCACAAGAAUCUGGCCGUGAAACUCCUUGUUCUACCCGAGCGUCCAGCGUGAAUGGAACGGAUGAUGAAAAAGCCUCACAUGGGGGACCUGCUGACGCACAGCUAAAAAUGGAAAACGAGAAACUUAAGAUUGCCCUGGCCCAGAGUACCUCCAAUGUGAAGAAAUGGGAAUCAGAACUACAGACGCUUAGAGAGAGCAAUGCAAGACUCACGACAGCCCUCCAGGAAUCCGCAGCCAGCAUAGAACACUGGAAAAAGCAGUUUUCCAUUUGCAAAGAUGAAAAUGAUCAACUGCAGAGUAAGAUUGAGGAGCUGGAAGAACAGUGCAUUGAAAUCGAUAAGGAGCGCGAUCGGAACGCACAGCUUAACAGGCGUCUUCAGGAGCUGGAAACAGAACUUCAGGAUAAGGAGUUGGAAUUGGAAGAUCUACGGAAACAGGGCGAAAUUAUACCUCAACUCAUGACAGAAUGUGAAACGGUUUCUCAGAAAUUGCAGGUGGCUGAGAAAAGGAAUAAAGAUCUUGAAGAGAAAGUUAAAGCUUUAAGGACGGAAGUAGAAGAGAGCAAACAUCGGCAGAACAACCUGAAGACAGAGCUGCAGACUUUUUUAGAUGUCCUAGACGGAAAGAUAGAUGAACUGCAAGAUUUUCGGCAAGGACUCUCCAAGCUGAGUGUCGACAAUUAGGGGACAGCAACUUUCCCCCACCCCAAAAUAUUUGGCGUGUGUAUGUGUGUGUGUGUAUAUAUGUGUGUUUUAAGCCUAGGUAUAUGUUUCUACAAAAAAGUGAAAAGAUGGGUGUUCUUCCUUACAAUGUGAUUUGUACAUAGAGGCUAAAGACUUUUUUUUUUUCAACUUCUUUUUUUUCUGUUCUAAAAAUUGCUCCUUGCUUCUUCCUUCCUUUCUUUAAGAAAGAGAUGACAACUUUUUUUUUAGAUCUUACUCUUCUAGCCCAUUCGGAGUUUGUAAGCAAACGGGGGGUGGGAGGGGUGGAGUUCUCUUGUCUCGGGAGAUCUGAACCUCAGUUUACCUUAAUGUAAAGUUGCAGUUGCAGUUGCAGUGGGUGUUGUAUGGAGAUUUUGAUUUAAGGCCUGCUGCAACUGUAGCAUUUCCAAAAUGCUCAGCUGCUGCCCAUGUAUGCCUCAUUUUAUGGUGCAGGCAGCAGCGAAGAUGGAACAGAGAUUUUAGGAGCAACCACAUAGCUCCCCCUUCUUCUCCUUCUCCUCCUCUUCUCCUUCUCCUCCUCUUCCUCCUCCUCCUUCUUCUUUUCUUCUCUUUCUCCUCCGCCUCCUUGAAAUACCUGUGAUGCCUUUUCCUAGAGGAUUUGCCAUGUUCAAUGUGCACUUAACCCCACCCCACCCCUUUUUUUUUAGAUUGCAGCAUAUUAAGGGAAGGUUCCCCUGUCACUUUUGGCAGAACGAACGUGCACGUUAUGAUGCCCUUGGUGAGUUUUUUCUAAAACUGUGGAUAAUAUGUUAGCUAUUACAGUGUAGAAAAAUUGGGCGUCUUUUAACACAUCCCCCAAAAUAAUGAGGGUGGGACCAAAACGUGCCCUAUAGGAGUAGCCCGUUAGCCACUGUCUAUCACAAGAGGUUGGAGCAGAAUGUUUGUAUUCAGCAUAGAUGCAUUUAUUUUAAAACACUCAUGAGCUGCCUGGGCUUGUAACAAGUAGAUUUACUCACGACAAUCUACAAUAUAGAAUAAACAUCACAGCAACAAAAUGAUAGGAGCCAGGUAAAAUAAGGUGGAAAAUUGAGCAUUGGUUCAAAGUACUACCCUAAUUCUGGAUGAGGUUUUAUUUUAAAAAAAAUAUAUUGGGUUUUAUGUGGUGGCCUAAUAAACGCGGUGAGAAGAUAUGAGACUUGAACAUUUCUAGGUAUAAUAGUGUAAACAUGUAGGAUUUGAUGGCUAUGGUGAAUAAUGAGCAAAGAAUAAACUGAUUCUAUUCAGAUUCUAGAGCUAGGUUUCAUCCAGGCAUCCUUAAAACCUAAUAGUAUAAACAAGUAGGAUUUGAUGGCUAUGGUGAAUAAUGAGCAAAGAAUAAAUUGAUUCUGUUCAGAUUCUAGAGCUAGGUUUCAUCCAGGCAUCCUUAAAACCUAAUAGUAUAAACAUGUAGGAUUUGAUGGCUAUGGUGAAUAAUGAGCAAAGAAUAAAUUGAUUCUGUUCAGAUUCUAGAGCUAGGUUUCAUCCAGGCAUCCUUUAAACCUAAUAGUAUAAACAUGUAGGAUUUGAUGGCUAUGGUGAAUAAUGAGCAAAGAAUAAAUUGAUUCUUUUCAGAUUCUAGAGCUAGGUUUCAUCCAGGCAUCCUUUAAACCUAAUAGUAUAAACAUGUAGGAUUUGAUGGCUAUGGUGAAUAAUGAGCAAAGAAUAAAUUGAUUCUGUUCAGAUUCUAGAGCUAGGUUUCAUCCAGGCAUCCUUAAAACCUAAUAGUAUAAACAUGUAAGAUUUGAUGGCUAUGGUGAAUAAUGAGCAAAGAAUAAACUGAUUCUAUUCAGAUUCUAGAGCUAGGUUUCAUCCAGGCAUCCUUAAAACCUAAUAGUAUAAACAAGUAGGAUUUGAUAGCUAUGGUGAAUAAUAAGCAAAGAAUAAACUGAUUCUAUUCAGAUUCUAGAGCUAGGUUUCAUCCAGGCAUCCUUAAAACCUAGUCCUAUCAUCAGCAAAAUCAGACAGUAUCCUUGCAAUUAAGCAUAGAUCUGCAUUGUCGUAGAUCAGAGGUCCCCAACCUUUUGGGCACCAGGGACUGGUUCCUUGGAGAGAGGUUUUUCCACGGACCGGAGAGGGUGUGGUUUUCCGUGCUGCCUGCAUCUCGCGGAUGGGGCUUCACUGGUUUGCAUGCCAUGGAUCAGUUCCAGUCCAUGCACCAGGGGUUGGGACCCCUGUCCUAGAUGACCAUCGUAAGAAAGGAAGUCCAAAGGGAAGAUGCCAACCUAUUUGAAGCUUUUGCUUUUGUGUUUGCAAACCUUGCUCCGUAAAUCCAAAUGAGUAGGGGCUGAUAUUGCUCAUAGUGGAAUGAAAAAGAAGUAGAUUUCUUCAUGUGUUCAAAAAAGUUCUUCAUCUUACAAAAAGGAGAGAAGAAAACAGAAUCCCAAGGUGGAGUCCAGCCUCAAACUAAGAAAUAUGCAAAGAUGUCUGUGCUGCUUAGAGGGAUUUUGAAGUAUUGUCCUGAUUUUGGUCGUAUAUAUGAAUCCACAGUCCUAAACGAUUAAGUCCAUCCUUCAUACCGCCAUCUCUAUGAAAUUAGCUCUUGUGCUCUUGAUACAGAGAUCAGAGGGUCCCUGAAUGUGCUUGGUCAGUCUAAUGUUCUAGGUCAGGGGUAGGGAACCUUGGCUCUUCUAUGACUUGUGGACUUCAACUCCCAGAAU